AUGCUCUUCUCUUCCUCUACUUUGGAGGCCAGUAAGCUGAUGGUGCUCGAAGUAGGGGGAGGAGGGCCACUGCCCAGCAAGCACGAGCUGCUUCGCAACUGCGAAUCCCUGAUCAUCACGUCUUUGUCGGCUAUGCAUGCCACUGCUGCUUUAGCGCACGAACCGGAAGAGAGGACGUCUCUCGACGAGUUCUACCUGUUUGGCGCCACGCCCUACGUAUCCACCGGUCGUUUCAGCGGCGUCACGCACAUCGCUUUCGAGCCCGACUGUAUCGGAGCGUACUGUGAGCCAAGGAUCCCAGGAAAGAGUGGUCCGAACGUCAAGAUGCCUUGGCCUCUUGAGAACCUGUCUACUGCCUGUUUUCGUCACCCCUUCCCCUCUCCAACCAGAUUCGAAGAAUAUGUCACGUUCUUCUACUCAGAAAGCCCGGACUUUGGGAGCCAGACCGUUGAGAACCAUGGGGAUGUAACUCGGUUUCAGAACUGGAAGUUUGGUCGAGGCGCGCCGCCCCCCGACUGUAUCCUCAGUCGAGAUACGAUCUUUAUCGACAUGUUACCGGUAGAGCUCAAGGAUGAUGAGGAGAAUAGUGAUGUUUUCUCAUCUCAAAAGAAGGGUGAGUCCAUACAGACCGUUUUCGAAGACGAAGGCGAGCCUAACGUGGGUUGCAGCGAUCCCGAAAGACACUGGAUCAAAUUGAUCUUUACCAACUUCAACACCGCCAUCUCCCCUGACGGCACUAUCCACUACCUCCCCCCCGAUGACGAAGAAGCUAUUCUCGACAGAGCUCAGAGCGAGAUCAGACGACAAUUACGCAUGAAAUUGGAGGCAAACGCGCCAGAGUUUGUUGGGAUGGCGGAUAGGAUUCAUAUUCGAGGCUACGAGGAGUGCGAGUUCUGCCUGAAGGUCUCGCACAGAGGUGUGCAGGGAAAGAGGGGUUGA